GUAGCAGACCCUCCAUCCAAUGCAGCCAUUUUAGCUAGUGAAAUGAUUCCAGGCAAUGCAUCCAACACAGCGAGUGCAAACCAACCAUCCAACGCAGCCAUUUCAUCCAUUGCAGCCACACCAUCCUGUACAACACGUCGAUGUCUGGCCAGCAUGCUGAUUGCGAAAGAAGCCCUGAGUCAGCCACAGUCUCCAUCAUGCAUCUCAAAUAUCAGUGUGCCGUUAAUAGUGUAUGAAACGCUGUCUGUCGACACAAAAAACCUUCGCUUCGAGAGUCGUCUGCAAGUCAUACUGUCUUGGGAAGACCCUGACUUAUCGUGGGACACAUCAGUCUAUCAUCAUGAUAUGGUUGUCCUGCCUGUCAGCAAAAUCUGGACUCCUGAACUCCAUGUGACUAAUGGAGUGCAAACAACGACAAAGCACGGCAACAAGGAUUUGCUGGUGCACAGCAACGGGACUGUAGAGCACAUGGUCAUCAUGAACACUGUGGUGGGCUGUGAGGUCAAUCUGUACAACUACCCCUUCGCUUCAGAUUUCUGUGCCAUCGGAAUCAAUGUAUGGGCACUUAGUGGAUGUGGCAUGUUCCUGAACUUUGGGAAAGUGAGCAAAACUAGCGCUAACCGCGGGGACUGGCUAACCGAGGCAGUGGAACUCAACGCUAAAGGAGGCAGAGAUGAUCGCAACUAUCUAUGGGUGUCGCUGAAAAUGCGGUCCGAAAACCCAUUUCUGUCCCUGGUCCUGCCCAGUAUUCUAAUCAUUGUGGCUGAUGUGGUGAGCUUCGCCCUGCCGCUGGGAGGGGGCGAGCGUAUCUCAUUCAAGGUUACACUGGUUCUCAGCUUUAUCAUGUUCCUCAUCAUCCUCAACAACCUACUGCCUGGAGGAGGCCAGUGCAGCCCCAUCAUCCGAAAGCACUUCUGUUUCUGUUUGGUCAUCCUGGUGUUGAGCACGUUGCAGUCUAUGGUGCUCACACGUCUGGCUAAGUGUGGCACUCUCCAGCCCUGCAGCCUCUCCAAGUCCAAAGACUCGCUGCUUAAAGACACAGACAUUGAAGAGGUAUCCAAAUCUGAUAUUACUGUCAUCAAACUGAAAGCCUCAGAGGAAGAGAAGAUGAAUACACCCCUCCAGAAGGUGGUGAAGUUUCUCAACAAAAUGGCUGCACAAGACCAGAAAAAAGCAAGACGCCAUCGCUUUGCCAACAAAGUGGACUUGAUCUGUUUCUGUAUCUAUCUCACUGUCCUCAUUGUUUACGCAGUCGUAAUUUUAUAUUUCUCCUUUGGUUCUUCAUGUGAGAUCAACCAUUUAGAAUUCUGGGAAUACUAAAUUCUUUAUUUGCUUUUAACAAAAAUAUUUAAAGAAAUGGUGGUCAUAUGAUAAGAGAAGGCAUUACUAUAUCGUUCCUAUUAUGGCGUCUGUGAGCGCAUGGGCAGUGCCAUUGAGUCAAUCUCCAUUUUCAAGAAGUCCAUUUUCUUCUUCUACUAUUUCUAUGAUUUGGUAAACAAACUGAAAGGGUGCAUACUGCCACAUGUAGUGUACAGGUAUAAAGUUAAGGUAGAACUCUAAUGAAUACAUGUAAUGGGGACUGAAGCGCUAUAAUCCCCCAGAAUAGAGGGCUAGAACUGUAAUGAAUACAUGUAAUGGGGACUGUAGUGCUAUAAUCCCCCAGAAUAGAACCUUAGAACUCUAAUGAAUACAUGUAAUGGGGACUGAAGUGCUAUAAUCCCCCAGAAUAGAGGUCUAGAACUCUCAUGAAUACAUGGACAGUGGACUGUAACUGUAGUAUUAGUAGUGUGGAAACAAAUCAACCGUGUGUUACUUCCUAUAGAGGCAGUGUGAAGGCCUUAUAUUAUCUCCUAUCUAAGCAGGUUCUCAACCUCAGGCUGAGAUAUCAAAUUGUUUCACGAUCAUCUCCUCCACCUGCGCUGGGCUGUAUUUGUGGUACCUCUCAGGGUGUUUGGAGAAAUCAGCAUGGUCACAUCUGUGUAAAGUACAGGUAAAGGACCAUAAUAAAGGAAUAUCACUGUACCAGCGUUCUGUAUGACAUUCUUACUGCCCAUCACUAUUGAACAGUGCUGAAUAAAAAAUAUACUUGACAUACAGUGCCUUGCAAAAGUAUUCAUCCCCCUCUGCGUUUUUCCUAUUUUGUUGCAUUACAACCUGUAAUUUAAAUAGAUUUUUAUUUGGAUUUCAUGUAAUGGACAUACACAAAAUAGUCCAAAUUGGUGAAGUGA